AUGGAAGGCAAGAUGGACGAGGCACCAGCACCAAAGCGCGCCAAAAUCGGCUCCGAAAACCCUUCUAAGCCAAUUGACAACUCAACCGGAAACACAAUGUCUGGGUUUAAGCGCGACAGGCACGGAAACGAAAAGAGGUUCAACAAUGGACCUCGACCGGCACCCAAGCCGAAGGUGGCCGUCGUAAGAAAUGCGUACACGCCCAUGUUCGAACAACUACGCGAUGAGCUCGACGCCCACCAUGAUCGUCGUGACCGCCUCGGGAAGGUGUCGAGAGACAUUACCGGACUCAGCAAGAAAAUAGUCCGCACCAUCAGCCCCGAUCUUCCUCCCCAGAUUCAAGCCGAGGUGGACUCCCGCCUCGCCGAAAUCUCCAAGCUCCUGGCCACCAUGGCCCCAGACGUCCAGGGCAUCAACCGUUACCGCUACUCUCGCUCCCUGAUGUGUCUCGAGGAGCUGGCCGAAGCACUCACUUUUGCCCAUUACCUCAAGACCCAAACUCUUCUCAAGCCUGAUGAGCUGUCGGCCUUUGUGGAGGAGCUUACUCGGAAGGGCGCUGUGUCGGAGGACAGAGAUAAGGACAAGGACGAACCGAUGCCAGACGCUGGCAACACUCCGGCACCUGCCUCCGGCGAGCAGGAAACUACUGACAACGACAACAAGCUAGCAGAGAAAGAAGAACAGCGGCAGUCAAAGCUAGAGCCACUGACCAUGUCAACAACAGAAGACGACUACUUUUAUGGUGUCUUCGACCUCUCUGGAGAAAUGAUGCGCUUCGCAACCACCAGCACAGCUUUGACCGGGGAGAUGGCUGGUGCCGAAGACGAGCGAACUAUUGUCGAAGAUAUGCACGAGCUUGGUAGCUUCUUCGAGAUGCUGCCGAUGAAGGCCGGUGAUCGGAAACAGUGGGAGAAGAAGCUGGAUGUUAUGCGGCAGUCGGUGAGGAAGGUCGAGAGGCUGGGGUACGACCGGAUGAUUCGGGGCAGUGAGCGACCGCAGGGCUGGGUCCCGGAUCUCACGGCGGAUCAGCCGGGCGACGAUGAGGAGUAAUGGAAGAGAAUAAUUACCGUGUGGGUAAACAAAUGG